AAACUUUCAUGUAAUUUUUGUUAAUUUUCAUUAAGAGACUAUAAAUAGUGUUCUAGUUAGAGUGUUGAUCAUAGCCUUGAUUCUGCUUGAUCAUCGGUCGGAGACUGUGAAGUAGAAAGCAGAAUCUCACUGCAACCGAAAUCUAUGGGCGACGAUUAUAAACCAUUGUCUGAGGAAUACAUCAAUAUUGGUGAGCCAGAGACUCAUAACUGUGUGAUCAAGCUGAGAGUAAGCCCUACGAAGCGUAGGGACAAAGUUUUUGUUGGGUGUGGUGCUGGUUUUGGUGGUGAUAGACCAUUGGCAGCUCUUAAAUUACUUCAAAAAGUCAAACAUCUCAACUAUCUUGUCCUUGAAUGUUUAGCAGAACGCACCCUUGCUGACCGCUACCAAGCGGUGAAGUCAGGCGGUGAUGGUUAUGACCCUCACAUUUCAGAGUGGAUGGAGUUGCUCCUUCCAUUGGCUGUUGAGAGAGGAGUCUGCAUUAUUACCAACAUGGGUGCAACAAAUGCAUUGGGUGCUCAGGAAAAGGUUUUGGAAAUUGCAAGCAGAAUGGGAAUCAGGGUUACUGUGGGUGUAGCUCACCAAUUUGACAUUGCCAAAGCAGGUCUUGGUGCUAAUCUGAGAAAUUUGAAUGAUGGUGUAAGUAUAUAUCUAGGAGCAGCUCCAAUUGUGGAGUGUCUUGAGAAGUACAAUCCCAAUGUUGUCAUCACUUCCCGUGUUGCUGAUGCUGCCUUAUUUCUAGCUCCGAUGGUUUAUGAACUAGGUUGGAACUGGGAUGAAUACAUGUUAUUAGCCCAGGGCUCUUUAGCUGGACACCUUCUAGAAUGUGGGUGUCAACUCACUGGAGGGUACUUUAUGCAUCCAGGAGACAAAUAUAGAGACAUGCCUUUAGAGAAGCUUCUAGAUUUGUCCCUUCCUUUUGCUGAAGUUAGUUAUGAAGGUAAAGUGUGUGUAGCAAAGGCAGAAGGGAGUGGUGGGGUGUUAAAUUUCAGUACUUGUGCUCAACAGCUUCUUUAUGAGAUUGGGGAUCCAAGUGCUUAUAUUACCCCAGAUGUGGUGAUAGAUUUUCGAGACGUUUCAUUCCAGCCAUUGUCAACCAAUAAAAUUGGUUGUGAUGGAGCAAAACCUGAUGCAAUAUCUGCACCUGAUAAUCUUUUAGCAUUAGGUUCAAAGCACUGUGGAUGGAAAGGAUGGGGAGAGAUAUCGUAUGGUGGAUAUAAAUGUAUUGAACGAGCUAAGGCUGCUGAAUUUUUGGUGAGAUCAUGGAUGGAAGAAGUACAUCCUGGUAGUAGUAAGUGUAUAAUGUCUUAUAUAAUCGGAGUUGACAGCCUCAAGGCAAAGGCAAUUAGGCUUGAAAAUAUUCCAAGGGCUUUUGAUUGUGAAGACAUACGGUUGAGAAUGGAUGGAUUAUUUGAUGAAGAGAAACAUGCUAUUCAAUUCACCAAAGACUUCAUAGCUUUGUACACAAAUGGGCCCGCAGGUGGCGGUGGUAUUAGCACCGAACACAAGAAAGAGAUCAUUCUUGACAAAGGAUUGGUUGGGCGUGAACAUAUCUAUUGGAAAAUCUCCGCAAAGCAAAACCAACCAACAAACUCAAAGAAACGAAUCGCCAUAAUCUCUGAAGAAACAACGCCUUCGAAUAAUCUAAACGAGUUGGUACCAAUAUCAUCUCUUGGGACCGGGACCCACCUCUCCCCGGCCCCAUCAAACCAAAAGGUCCGUUUGUAUGACGUGGCACAUAGUAGAGCCGGAGACAAAGGUAACGAUAUAAACUUUUCCAUCAUCCCACAUUUCACAGCGGAUAUUGAGCGUCUGAAAAACAUCAUAACGCCAGACUGGGUCAAAACAGUCAUCUCGCCUCUUACAAAUCGGACGACUGAUUUGACCUGGUCAGAUGAUGACAUGGAACUGAGAGACAAAUGGGUGGAUGAAAAUGUUAAGGUGGAGGUCUAUGAAGUACGAGGUGUACAUUCGUUGAAUGUUGUUGUGAGGAAUAUUCUAGAUGGUGGUGUUAAUUGUUCAAGGAGAAUUGAUAGGCAUGAUGGAAUGACAUAUCAUAAAUCAUGUUUCAAAUGUACCCAUUGCAAAGGAACGCUUGUGAUGAGCAACUACUCCUCCAUGGAUGGAGUCCUCUAUUGCAGGACUCAUUUUGAACAACUUUUCAAGGAAUCGGGAAAUUUUAGCAAGAAUUUUCAAACGUCAAAAGCGGAAAAAGAUUCACAGCCAAAGGCACCACCAAGUAAAGUUUCAUCUAUGUUCUCUGGAACUAUAGACAAAUGUAGAGCUUGUAACAAAACCGUUUAUCCUCUGGAAAAGGUGACCAUGGAAGGAGAACCAUACCACAAGUUAUGCUUCAAAUGUGCUCAUGGAGGUUGUCCUCUUACACAUGCAUCAUAUGCUGCCCUUGAUGGUGUCUUAUAUUGUAAGCACCAUUUUGCUCAACUUUUCAUGGAAAAGGGAAAUUACUCUCAUGUCCUUCAAGCCGCAAACCAAAAACAUACUGCUUCCUCAUCCGAAGAGCAACCACCAGUAGAAGAAGGUGAACACACCGAUGAUACCCAAUCUGAACCACCACCGGAGGCUGAAGAAGAAAAAGAAGAAGAAAAAGAAAAAGAAAAAGAAAAAGAAGAAGAAGAAUCCUAAACAAUACAUCAAAUCAUACAACCAUACACAACCACGUUUUGGCUAAUUUUUGUCAUAUUGAUUGUAUAUUUAAGAAAAAUGUUUCACAUUAAUUCCUAUAGAGGAAAUACGAAAAACCCCGAAAUUAUUUCUUAUUUUGUGAUUUAUUUGAUUGUCAAAUCUAUCAUGAGUGUC